AUGUUGGCGUUGUCAGAUUCGCGACUUGUGAUCAACAUCCGCGAUCGUAUCCAGGCUGUUGACGGAUACCAUUACUACGAAGCAUACCGAACAGAACCACGAAGAAAGUUCGGCUAUUCUUUCCUUUUUCGAAGCUCGCAAGAUUUCCAUGUGCAGGAUCAAGCUGCCAUUCGUUUACGAUUGUAUCGGCGUAUGCCAACUUUCUUGUGCAAUGGCCGCAUCAGCGGCAUGGUCGAUAGAGUGAAUGCUUACUUCCACUUGAACUUCGAACACUCCUGUGGGCAUGAGGCUGCACCUGCCGUCGAAAAUAACGCCGUCCCGCAAAAUAUUUUCACCUCAGCACAAAACAACAGAUACAGAGAAGAUAUCAGCAUGGACACUGCAAGAGAAUGA